CCACCAUCUAAAGUUGAUAGAGAAGUUAGAGGGAGAGAGCAUAAACGGAUGAGACGUGGAUCUUCUUUCUUCCCUUCCCCUCCCCAAAACGUAUACUUUUGCUUUUUCAAAAAUCAAAUCAAAUCCAAAUUUUGCACUAAUCUUCAUCUCUUCCCCGAUCUGAUGCAAAGCCCUUAUCACAUCCCCACACUCCAGCUGUUGCCACCUAACUCAACUUCAAGUUCAACCCACUAGAUCUCUCAUAAAACCUUCUUAAUUCAACACCCUGCUAUCCAUUUCUCACUCCCAACAACCUUUUUCUCCAAUUUCUGCUCAAAUUUCACCUUUCCUUCAAGAAAAUGGAGUCCUGAAAGACAAAAAGCAAAACGAUAGUAGGGUUUUCUCGAUUUUGAUGUUGAAUGGCCUCACACAGCUGGAAGGAUGCUUACAGGGGCAUGUCUGCGGAUAAUAUCAAGGGUUUGGUUUUAGCAUUGUCUUCCAGUUUGUUCAUUGGUGCUAGCUUCAUUGUUAAGAAAAAGGGUCUUAAGAAAGCAGGCGCCUCUGGUAUUAGAGCAGGAAAUGGAGGAUAUUCAUAUUUAUACGAGCCUCUAUGGUGGAUAGGCUUGAUAACAAUGAUUGUUGGAGAAAUUGCAAACUUUGCAGCAUAUGCAUUUGCACCAGCUAUUUUGGUGACUCCUCUUGGGGCACUCAGCAUUAUUAUAAGUGCUGUUCUUGCACAUAUUAUACUAAGAGAAAAGCUACACAUUUUUGGAAUUCUUGGUUGUGUUCUAUGUGUUGUGGGGUCCACAACAAUCGUUCUACAUGCUCCUCAAGAACGCCCUAUUGAAUCAGUCACAGAAGUAUGGGGUCUUGCCACUGAGCCAGCUUUUCUUCUAUAUGCAGUAAUGGUGUUGAUAGCUGUUUUUAUACUUGUAUUUCACUACAUACCUUCAUAUGGUCAAACACACAUAAUGUGCUACAUUGGAGUUUGUUCAUUAGUAGGUUCUUUAUCGGUCAUGAGUGUGAAAGCUAUUGGUAUUGCUUUGAAGCUAACUUUAUCAGGAAUGAAUCAGUUAGUAUACCCUCAAACAUGGGCUUUUACUUUCAUUGUUUUGCUUUGUGUCAUCACUCAAAUGAAUUAUUUAAACAAGGCACUUGAUACAUUUAAUACUGCUGUUGUCUCACCAAUUUACUAUGUUAUGUUCACAUCUCUUACAAUCUUGGCAAGUGUGAUCAUGUUUAAGGAUUGGGAUAGGCAGAAUCCAUCCCAGAUUAUCACUGAACUUUGUGGGUUUGUGACAAUUCUUUCUGGAACCUUCCUUCUUCAUAAAACCAAAGACAUGGUUGAUGGUCAAAUACCUUUAUCAAUACGAUCACCAAAGCAUAUGGAUGAUGAAGAAGAUGGUAUAGAUCAAGAAAGCAUCCCUUUGAGAAGACAAGAUACAAGUUGUAUGAGAGGAGACAAACAAAGAGCUUAA